AUGAUAUCGCACCCUCAGAAACUCAGACUAAUGUGGGUUCCAGGACAUGCGGGCAUCAACGGUAAUUUAGCAGCUGACACAACAGCGAAAGUAUUGUUCGAGGCAUUGCAAGUACAAAAUCAACAGAUUUUGAAGCAACACCAAGAAGAAAAGAAUUUGAUGCAACAGCAUAUCCAACAACAGCAGAAUCUGAUUGAGCGCAUUCUUCAAGGUCAACCGGCACAGAUUGCAGAUCAAGCCGUUCUUGCUCAAGAUUCAACAGCAUUUAAAGUUAAAUGUUUGGCCGAUUCUAUGGUCAAUUUUGAAUAUGACCCAGACAACAAUCAAACGUUUGAGGCUUAUUAUGAACGCUAUGAGUCGGUUUUUACAAAUGAAGCAGAGGGUCUGGAUGAACCAACAAAAGUUUAUCUUCUUUUCCAAAAAUUCAAUCAGGAACAGUAUCAACGUUAUGCCGAUUCAAUUUUACCUCUUAAACCACAAGAUUGUACAUUUGAGAAUACUGUGACAAUACUUAAGAAACUUUUCGGUUAUAAAAAAACAAAGUUCGCAAUGCGUCAUAGGUGCUUUAACCACGCAAAGUUCGACUAUGAGGAUUUUAGCAUGUAUGCCGCUCGUAUAAAUAAGCACGCCGAGAAGUUUGACAUUUCUCAUUGUACUGCGGAUGACUUUAAAGUUUUGUUAUUUGUGAGUGGGUUAAAAGACGUCAAGGACUCGCUUAUCCUGGAAAAGCUUCUAACGAAAGUUGACAAUCAGUAUUUAGAGUUGGAGAGGGUAACAGAUGCGGCCGCACGUGCAGACGUUCACAAGCUGAAUUUUCGGGAUUUGAUCAACGAAGCCGAGCUCAACAAAGACAAGUCAACGGUUCGGAACCAAAGCAACGACACUCCUCGCUUGGCCUGUUUUCGUUGCGGCGAAAUACAUUGGAUUGAUAAUUGUCCAUGCAAGGACAAGCAGUGUGGCGAAUGUAAUGAAAAAGGGCAUAAGACGGGUUUCUGUGCUUUUAUGAAAAAUUUCAAUGGAUAUAAAUCAUCCAGCAAGAAAAACCCCAGUUCGAAUCAAGUUGAAGCUACGGUUCACGCAAUCUCUAACCGAAAGUAUAUCAAUCCAGUUGUCAACGGAACUGUAAUCAAAUUGCAGGUUGAUACUGCUUCCGAUAUAACAAUCAUAUCAAAAUCAAAUUGGAUUUUAAUCGGACAACCAUUGCUGUCAUCAGAAAUACGCACCAAUGCCACAAGCGCAUCAGUCGAAGUUGAUGAUGAUUCCAAGGAAAUUGUGGCAAUCAACACUCACGUUGGAAUGUUUAAAGUAAAUCGCCUUCAGCAAGGAGUCAAAGCAGCGCCUGCGGAAUUCCAAGCCAUAGUUGAAAAAAUGCUCAGUGGAACCUCAACAUUUGGUUUUAUCGAUGACAUGGUCACAGCAGGAGAGAACCUUGAAGAUCACAAACAGCAGCUCUUCAAGACUCUUGAACAGCUUCAAAUUUAUGGUUUUCAACUAAAUAUUAGCAAGUGUUGUUUUGGCAAGUCGUCCGUUAACUUUUGCGGCCAUAUCAUCGAUGAAAAAGGCAUCCGACCAAAUCCUGAAAAAAUUUGGGAAGUUCAAUCAGCUCCUCAACCUAAAGAUGUUAGCCAAUUGCGAUCAUUCCUUGGUUCAGUGAACUACUACGGCAAGUUUAUCGAGUCAAUGAAGCAGUUGAGAGGUCCAUUGGAUGACUUAUUGAAGAAAGAAGCAAAAUUUGAAUGGCAAAGCAUUCAUCAAGAAGCAUUCGAUCAACUGAGGAAGAUUUUGUCAUCAGAUUUAGUUCUUACGCACUUCGACCCGAGAAAAGACAUUGUACUGGCUACUGAUGCAUCAAUAGACGGCAUGGGGGCAGCAAUAAUGCAUUGCUUUAAGGAUGGAUCUCUUCACCCAAUAAUGCAUUUUGCUGCAACAUUCAAUGAAGCUGAGAAAAAUUACUCUCAAAUCGAAGAGGAAGUCGACGUUUCUUCGCUCAAGUCGACCACAAGCCCUUGCUCGCUAUCUUUGGAUCAAAAAGUGGUAUCCCAGUUUAUACGGCUAACCGUCUACAACGCUGGGCGCUCAUCGUUUUUAGCUUACGACAUUAAUUUUGAGUUCAUCGGUACAAACAGUUUCGGAUAUGUUGAUGUUGUAUCCCGACUGAUGUCUAAAUACACCAAACCCGACGAAGAUACUGUCAUUGCACCUAUUUCGUGUAGUAAUGAAAAUGUAGAAGAUAUAUCUUGUUUUGCCAUUCAAUCAGCAAAACAGCUACCAAUCACAUUCAAAGAUAUUCAAGAAGCCACCAAUGAUUUGUAUCGCAAGAUAAAUGGCCCAAGUUUUGCAAGCAAGUUAAUGAAAUUGAGGUAG